AUGAUGAACGACCUGACCUCCGAGCUGGGCAGAAGGAAACGAGCGGCUUGGGGAGCAUUCAAGAGCAUCGAGGAUGUAGUGCAGAAAACCAAGAACAUCCGGCUCCGUGCUCACCUAUUCAACACCACCAUUCCUCCUGCUGUGACCUACGCUUCAGAAACGUGGGCGUUUUGCAAGCAGGAGAAAAAUGCGAUCAGCGUCAUAGAACGCGGAAUUGAAAAGGUGAUGCUAGUAGUAACCCAUUUUACGCAAGUGAAAAAAGGGAUUCGAAGUUCAUUCCUACGUCACCGAUCGAAUAUCAGAAACCCUGCUGCAUAUGUUAAGGAAAGCAAAAUUAGGUGGGCCGGACUCGUGAUGCGUCUCAACGACAACCUUUGGACCAGAGCCGUAAGCGACUGGAUGCCAGGUGACAUCAAACGCACCGCAGGAAUAUCGCCGACCCGAUGGUCAGACCUCUUCACGAAAUCCUUCAAAGAAGAGUACGAUGCUCUUCGAGUUCCUCGCUAG